AUGUCUUUUUCUGAGAUCAAAACCCUUUUCCAUGAGUUCGGACACGCGCUGCAACACAUGCUGACCACGGUGCCCUACGCAAUGGCGGCCGGACUCAGCAACAUUGAGUGGGAUGCCAUCGAAUUCCCCUCGCAGUUCAUGGAAAACUGGGUGUACGAUAGCAACACCAUAGCACUGAUCAGCGGCCACUACCAGACAGGGGAACCGUUGCCACAGGACGCCUUUGAACAACUGUUGAAAGCAUGCAAGUACCGGGGAGGGUCUGUGUUACUGAGGCAGGUGUUCCUAUCAGCACUGGAUAUGAAGUUACACACAAGCUCAGAUUCGUGGAUGUCAGUUGUGGAAGAAGUUGCUGAAAUAUUCACAGUGAUGAAGCCACUCCAUGAGGACUGUAUCCCGUGUACAUUUCUGCACAUCUUCGCCGGUAAUUAUGCAGCUGCAUAUUAUGCCUACGAGUGGGCGGAGGUGAUCUCCCAGGAUGCCUUUGGAGCCUUCGAGGAAGUGGGUUUACAAAAUCGGAGCGAAGUGUCCAAGGUUGGCCGCAGGUUCAGAGACACCGUACUAAGUCUUGGGGGUGGAACUGACCCGAAAGAAGUGUUUCGAAUGUUCAGAGGUCGUGACCCACAACUGAAAUUCCUCCUCAAAACUUACGGGCUUGUAUGAAUCCCACUAAGAGUGAUGUCAAGAGCCGGCUUUAGUUAAACAGCCAUGUGUAUCACAGACAUUAAUCGCUCUCAGUGAAAUUGGAAGGUUUAAGUUUUCAAAUCCUCCUGACGGUCGCCAAGAUUUGUCUGUAGCCAACUCCAAUUUUGGAUUUCUUAAUGACCAUCCUUUUUAGAAUCUUUAGGAUAAAAACUUCAUAUGGUAAUCUUUCAAACUGAAUCUUUAAUUCACAUGAAGUAUUUUGUUUCAUACAUUUAGAAUCUUAGUUGCACUCUCAGUAUUUGCUUCUGCUGAGCAUUUAUUUAUGCUGUCGGAUAUAUUUAUGUUGUAGGAUAUAUGCUGUAUGAUAUACACAUGUACUUUCAGGGGUACUCCAUUUGUUUCAAAUAUCAAUAAACAGUUUUUCCCACUUCUUCAACUUCUUGCCU